AUGGAUCCCACAUGUUGCUCUAAGAUGGACACUAGUAGGGAAGAGAAAAAGAGGUCGCCCAAACGAGACAUGGAGGAGAACAGUAGAAAGAGAGAUGAAGGAACAAGGAUAGACUUGGGGAAAAAUAAAGACUUGGUCUCAAGACAGAGUAUACUGGAGGUCUCUAGUGGAAGCCUUAUGUGCAAACCAGCACGAAGAGGACUAAAUAUUCCAAACGGAUCAUCAAUAAAACACUCAACGAAGCCUAAACGCAAACGAACAAGGAUUCGGAAACAGCACCAUAUCCGACCCCAACUUUUCAAAAGUAGAAAUUCGAACGUGCAAAUAAGUACAGUGUAUCAGAGAAAGAUUUGGCAGAACAGGAACACCUUGUUUCAUACCAGGACCAUGAAAAGAUGGACUACAGCAGCAAGUGUGCUUUACUUCAUGAUUUUUAGAAAUCAUCAAUCACUUGAUCAGCAGAAUUUCAUCCUACUAUGUCUAUAACAAACGUCACACAAAAAUUAUACAUUGCUUCUCAUUAUAUUGAUGUAAAGAAAAUAUAAUCAUUCUGAAUUUGGAGUUCUCUCUUAUAGUACAUAGAGUUUCAAACUA